AUGGCGCGCGACAUGAUCGAGAGGUUCGGCAACCCCGUGCCCAUGGACGAACCCGUGCGCAAGUCCUACAGCCGCCGACCCGCGACGGUGCCGUCCAAUCACACUCCGAUCGUCUGGGACACCCCUUACGACACCGAAGGCUCCCUCGACGGCGCCGCCAACAGGUUCUUCAACCGCGGCAACGAGCGGCUGUACGAGGCGUACUCCCAGCUCCACAACAUGGCGCAGGAGUUUGACAAGCCGUUUGAUUCCCCGGCCAUCUUGGUCGUUGGGCAUCAGACGGAUGGCAAGUCCGCGCUGGUGGAGGCCCUCAUGGGCUUCCAGUUCAACCACGUCGGCGGCGGAACCAAGACCCGCCGCCCAAUCGCCAUCAACAUGAAGUACAACGCCACGGCCGUUGAGCCCAGGUGCUUCCUGUUGAAGGAUGAUUCCUACGGCCGCGAGGAGGAGAUGACCCUUCCCGAUCUGCAGCGGUACAUCGAGGCUGAGAACCAGCGCCUCGAGAACGACAACGGCUUCUGGGCCAAGGAUAUCGUCGUCAAGAUCGAGUACAAGUACUGCCCCAACCUGACGAUCAUCGACACCCCCGGCCUCAUCGCCGCGGCGCCCGGUCGCAAGCACGUGUCCACGCAGCACGCGUCCAGGCAGGUUGAGACCCUGGUCCGCAACAAGAUGGCCAACAAGGAUUACAUCAUUCUCUGCCUCGAAGACAACUCCGACUGGAACAACGCCACCACCCGACGCGUCGUCCUCGACUGCGACCCGGAGCUGAGGCGCACCGUCGUCGUGUCCACCAAGUUUGACACCCGCAUCCCCCAGUUCUCCAGGGCGGGUGAUGUCGAAUUCUUCAUGAAGCCCCCGGCCAAGCUGCUCGAGCCCACCCUGCUCGGCGGAGGACCCUUCUUCACUUCGGUGCCCUCCGGCCGCGUCGGUGGCUCCCGCGACUGCCUCUUCCGCAGCAACGAGCACUACCGCGAGGCUGUCGUGCAGCAGGAGAAGCGCGACACCGCUGAGCUCGAGCGAAGGUGCGACCGCCGGCUCCACUCCUCCGAGCGCAGCCGCGUCGGCGUGUCCCAGCUCAGGCACUUCCUCGAGCGCCUCCUCCAGCAGAGGUACCUCGAGAACGUUCCCACGAUCGUGCCGGUCCUGGAGCGCGAGCACAGAGCCGCCAGCGUCAAGCUCCGCGAGACGGAUCUCGAGCUCAAGAACCUCGACACCGACAAGCUCAAGGAAAAGGGACGCGCGUUCUACCAACACUUCCUCGAGAAGAUCCCCGAGCUCCUCCGCGGUACCAUGGCCGCGCCCCCGCGGGUCUUCGGCGAGACCCUCGCGCACGAGCACAUCCGCGGCGGCGCCUUUGUCGGCCAGGAUGGCAGGCCCGUCGAGCUCGCCUACCUCGACGUUCCCAACGGCGAGAUGCGCCUCUUUGGCGGGGCGCAGUACCACCGCGCGCUCGAGGAGUUCCGCGCCAUCGUCGGCCAGGUGCAGUGCCCCGUCGUCUCGCGCGAGGACAUCAUCAACAGCUGCGGCGUGGACGAGGUGCACGACGGCGUCAACUACACCCGCACCGCCUGCGUCAUCGCGGUGGCGAGGGCGAAGGAUACGUUCGAGCCUUACGUCCACCAGCUGGGCUUCAGGCUCGCGCACAUCGCCAGGAGGCUGCUGCCCGUGGCGAUGUACCUGCUCCAGAAGGAGGGCCGCAUCCUCACCGGCCACGAGGCGUUCCUCAAGCGCAUCGGCAGCUGCUUUGCCAAGUUUGUCGACCAGAAGGUGAAGGCGUGCCAGGACAAGUGCCGCGAGGACCUGGCCUCCACCACGCAGUUUGUCACCUGGUCCCUUCACUCCGGCAACAAGUCCGGCCUCAAGUCCGUGCUCGCGGGCCGCGAGCAGGAGCGCGAGGAGCAGCGCGACCGCGACCGCGACAUGCACCCGCGCGACUACGAUCGCCGCGACCCGGCUGCCGAAUACGAUGACGAGCGAUACGAGCGCGAGUCGAACCGACGCGAGUCGAACCGACGCGAGCACGAUCGCGACCGCCGCGGCCGGGGCGGCGCCAGGGACCCGCUGGACAUGAACGAGGACUUCAUCGACUACGUCGACGAGCGCGACGAGCGCCGAGGCCGCAGGGAUAAGCACAGGCGCGACGAUAAGAAGGAGUCUCGCGAGGUUGCCAAGCGCGGCGGCUCGGCCGACGACAAAGUCGUCGCUGGCCCCAUCGUGGACGUCGGCUCCAAGGACAUGAUCUCUCUCAUGGACAACACGCUGUGGAACAGGAACAUGAAGGACGUCACCUUGGACGUGGUUGACAUGCUGGUCAGGCAGAUUUACGCGGGGAUCCGCGCGUACGUGGUGCAGUCUGUGGAGCUCAAGUUCAACUGCUUCUUCCUGAUGCCCCUGAUGAACGAGUUCUCCGGUUUCCUCAGACAGGAGAUGGAGAUGGCGUUCGAGGAGAACCUGGACCAGGUGUUCGACGUCAGGAUGGUUCGUAUGGCGCUGGAGGAGAGGCAGAGGAAGCUGGAGAGCGAGCUCGAGCAGAUGGAGCACAUCCAGGAGAAGUUUGCCGCGAUUCACAACCAGCUCGAGCUGCAGGCGCAGGGCUCCCCGGCAACCGCCGCCGCGCAGGCUGCCGCCGCGGGCAAGGGCAGCUUUCAGACCAUCGCCGAGCGGGAGAUCGAGGCGUCCCGCGCGGCGAUGCGGGCGAGCGCGGAGAUGGCGGAGGAGGUGAGGCGCGCCAAUAAGGAGUUUGCGCACCACUCCCCGAGCAAGAAAUCGUUCGGGUCCCCAACGAGGUCCGGCCGCGUGCCGCUCAGCAGCAUGAGCAACUCCGCGGACCUUCACGGCCGCGUCUGAGUGGAGAGAGAGGCUACCGCCGAUCAGUUAUUCGAGAGGAAGGAGAGAGGCCGAGUUGUUCGCGCCGGCGAGCGCGAUUCGGCGAGUUGUACGAGUUCAUCACCUACUUUUACCCCUAUCAUCGACACACAACACCCUGUGGGAGACUACGGUGCGACACUUAGAAGACUUUACUACUUUGUACAUAUCGAGGCACCAAUCAAAAGA